AUGGCUGUGACUCUGUUGGAGGUUUGGUGCAAGGGCAUGGACGUGGACCCCAGGAAGGCCCUGCUGAUUGUAGGGAUCCCCACGGACUGUAGUGAGGCAGAAAUUAAAGAGACCCUGAAGGCGGGCUUACGGCCCCUGUGUGCCUACAAGGUACUGGGCAGAAUUUUCAGAAAGGAAGACAAUGCUAAGGCAGCUCUCAUUGAAUUGGCUGACACUGUCAAUUAUGCUACGAUACCCAGUCAGAUCCCAGGAAAGGGAGGUGCCUGGGAAGUGGUGGUGAAACCCCGUAACCCAGAUGCCGAAUUUAUCAACAGACUGAACUACUUCCUGAAAGAUGAGGGCCGGAGAAUGGUAGACGUGGCCAAAGUCCUGGGGUAUAGCACUCACCUUGAGGGUGUAAAGCUGGAGGACUUGUCUCAAGUCAAGUCACCAGUCGUGCAGCCUCUGAACGAUAGCACGUGGUACCGAAAACUGAAGGUGUUUUCGGGAAAUGCUUCCCCAGGCCCAGGUGAAGAGAAAUUUGAAAUCUGGCUAGAGCAGGUGACUGAGAUGAUGCAGAUGUGGCAGGUAUCUGAGGCAGAGAAGCAGCGGCGUUUGCUGGAGAGCUUACGUGGCUCUGCCCUGUCCAUCUUGCGGGUGCUCCGGGCCAACAAUGACUCCAUGACCGUGGAGCAGUGCCUGGACGCCCUGAAGCAGAUCUUUGGGGAUAAAGAGGACAGUAGAGCCUCACAGAUUAAGUGCCUCCAGGCUGUCCAGAAGCCUGGAGAGAGACUCUCUGCUUUUUUGAUACGCUUAGAGCCCCUGCUGCAUGAGGCCGUGCAGCACAACCCCUUGUCAGUGAGAAGCACAGACAUGUUUCGCCUGAAACACAUCCUAGCUCGGGCCUCCAUGACCGCCACCCUCCGGGGCAAGCUCAAUCUCCUGGAUCAGCGAGGGUGUGCGCCCACUUUCCUAGAGUUAAUGAAGCUCAUUCGAGAUGACGAGGGGGAGACCACCAUGGCAGUGACCAUGGAGCAGCAGAGGCAAGUAGGAAGUGGCCACAGGGCCUCGGGCAGGCAGGUACUGGUAGAAGCCAGUGUCCCGAUACCUCAGGUCAUGGUGCAGGCAGGGCAGGUUAGUGAGCGCUGCACUCAGACCGUCCAGGUAGGGAUUACCCCAUCACUGAAGCGCAAGCAGCUGCCGUGCAGCUACGGGGCCUGCGUCGGAGCCCACAGCCAGGAAGUGUGUCCUGGGGCUGAGAACCAACCUUCAAUAAAGCGUAGUCCUCAGCCUGCAGCAGAAGAGUCGGGAAACGAGAGGGGGACUGGGGCCACGAGCCACCCCAAGUCCCAGGAAGCAUAG